CCGGCGGCUUGAUGUGGGGGGGGGGCGACCAGAAGCAUCCCGCAAGCCUAUGGCCGACGUCGUCCGCACACCUGCAGAUGCGGUCUGAUACCGAAUGCACGGCCGGACGAUGCCCAAAGGUCCGGCACCGCCCAAAGACGCCGUGCAGAAACAACCCCCGGUCAGCAGGAUCGCCGUUCAUCCAGCCGGCCCCCCCCCGAGCCGCAAGAGCUUGCCUCCGAUCCAGACCUGCACCCGCCUGGUCUCCUUUUCCCUCAUCGCUCCGGCUCCUGUGCCCCCGCACCUUCCCCGUGCCCUCUUUUGCAUCGCCUGGUCGAGGCAUCUUCGCCCACCGCCGCUGCCGCGACCCCCGCAUCUGCUGCCCGAUCCAUUCCGCCAGGCCCCCGGCAUUUUGUCCAUCCGCUCUUGUUGCUGUCUCGACAAAGCCAAGUCCGGCCCGCUUCCCUCCUCCCGUGCGGCUCUACCGAUAUCCGAAAGCCAGCAACUGGGCAGACAUCUUCUCCCGACCCCAAACCGUCACUGCUCUGGCCAGGAAUCGACGCCUUUCGCUCUCAGGUCCGCCUCUCUCUCCCUCAGCCAUGUCAAAAGAGAACGACGUUGCAUACCAGCAAUACCAGAUCCUCUACCCCUUUCUGCAGGACUUUCUGCAAAGCCUCACCGCCGAGGGCUCUCUCUCCACCCGGGCGCUUGCUGGCAAAGACAAGCUCGUCCGGCUCGCCAACGGACAGCUCACCGAUCUUGCCCGAGAUGUAACGGACGAGCUGGAGAGGCGACGAGCGAACAAUCCAAAUGUGCCGUUUCUGCCCGUCCGAGAGGAGUUCCACCAAAAGCGCAAUCAAGCCCGUCAGAAGCUCGCCACCCUGACCUUUACUCGGUAUCGCGACCUCGCGGCUGAUGUGUUUUUUGAGAUCGAGCGUCGCUACCCUCACUUUCUCCAGGAAUAUCGGGUCAAGCACGGCAUCCCGGAGCCCAUCCCGGUGGCACCACCUCGUGCUCAAAGCUCAAUGUCUGGAGGGCAACGAGACGAUUUGUACACUUUGGAGAGAAACCCUCCGAAAAAGUCCAUGCGCCCCGAGUCGGCCAUCAACUUUGCCAACCUGGAUCGGCUAAUGACCGAUCUCGGCACGAUGGUGGUGUCGAAAGAAGGCUCCGACACCAACUCUUUGGAUCGAUCAUCGUCCAAUAUGCGCCCCAACCCAGGCGAUGGGCGCAUCGAGUUUUUGAGCCGACGAAUCCGUGAGCUGGAGGCAGAGAACUACCAACUCCGAAGCAAGGUCAUUGAGCUCGAAGAAGGGUACAACAAUGCUGUCGAGAAACAAAGGAAGGCCGAGACCGAGCUGAGCCAAUCCCAGCAAGAGCUGUCCAAGCUCAAGCAAGACCAAAUCUUGUUGCAGGAUGCGUACAACAAGCAGCAGCAUCUCACGGGUGAUAUCCAGUCGGAGGCAUCGAACCUACUCGAGGAGAUCAAGACGCUCUCCAAGACCAACGAGGAGCUCGGCGAAGUCAAUACCCGCAAUCAAGCAGUCAUCCGACAGCUCACCGAGGAGAAUCAGAGACUUGCCAACCUCAAAGGAGUGGCGCCGCUCAACACUUAUACCGAAAGGGCUAUAUCCGAGGACCGCCUCAAGGCUCUGAAGGAUGCUUCUGACAAUCUCCUGAUCGCGGGGCGCGGCGAUUCGCCGACCGGAGUCUUGGUGGCGAUGAAGGCCGUGGUGCUGGCGUGCAAGAACAUUACUGAAGACUGUGAGCGAUACGAGAACUCUGUCCCGCUGUCGGGCGAAGCCCGCGGACACAUCGACAAUGUCAAGAUGAACAUGUCCAACUCGCUGACCGGUCUCAUGAACACCACCAAGAGUCACGCCACCAACCUCGGCAGGUCGUCCGUUCAGCUGCUCGAAGCGGCGCUGGGCAGCCUAUGCAGCAACGUCACCGAGCUCGCCGAACUCCUCAACGGGUCUGGCUCGACAGCGGCAGCGGCUACAAGCGAGGCGCGCGUGGCGUCCGGGGGCUACGAAGACACGUUUGAUGUGGAGUAUGGGGACCAGGACUAUGACACAAUGCCAUCGAAUGGACGGCCAGAGAGCUAUGCGAUCGAGGAGCUCAAGAUCUAUCUGGAAGACAAGACAGACCAGAUCGUCCAGGCCAUCCAAACCCUAUUGAUAACGAUGCGACAGCAGAGUCAGUUUGGCCAAGAGUUCAGGGACACCGUCGGCCGAAUCACAACAAUCGUGUCCAAUCUCUUGGGAGUAUCUCGAUCGACGCUGUCCAAGCCUGGAGCACAGUAUUACCAUCAGGAAGGCAUGGCUAUCCUCGGGCUGCUUGAACAGGCGAAUUACUCUCUCGAUGAGCUCGGAAACCGCAUCAUGCAGAAUCCACAGUCCAAAACAACAAAGCAGCAGCUGGCAAGCUCCUCGUACGAUAUCGCCAAGUACAUCAAGGAACUAAUCAACCUGAUUGAGAGCGAUCAUUGACCCAUAUGUGUUGUACCGGGCCACCACGCCUCCCGAUGUGAGAGUAUGUCAGGGUUCACAAAUUGAAGAGUGACAUCCUGCUGGAGUCCCCGGGUUUGGCUUCGGGAUCGUGAAUAUAAGCAAACGCUGAUCUGGAAAUGACUCG